AUGCCCCACCACCAUGAUCACACCGGCUCCGCCAGUGAUCUCGAGGACCAGAAAAUUCGUCACAUGCGACGAGCCCUCGACUCAUUAGAUGUCGAACUUGUAAAGCUGAUGGUUAUGGGAGAAGGCCUAAAUCUCGAUAAAGCAUUGGCCUUGCAUUAUGCUGUUGAAAAUUGCAGUAGAGAAGUGGUAAAAGCUUUACUAGAACUUGGAGCAACUGAUGUGAAUUAUGCAAUAAACUAUGGAAAAAGAUCAAAAUUGGAGUUCACGGUUUGUGCACUGUUCACUAUACUGUGGAGAUUAGAGCAGUCUAUUCUGCAGUAUUAUAUUGUUGCAAUAAACUAUGGAAAGAAAGACAAAGUGAUGAAGUUUUUGGGGGGAUAA